CUCUUCCUGCAAGGGGCGGGGCGUGCAGGGUUGGUCUUUUUCCUGCGUCUGCGCUGCUUCGGGGGCGCCUCCUGGGAACUGAAGUUGCUAGCUCCUGUUGGUAGCAGACCAAGGGAUUCCUUCUGAUCUCUUGGAGGCUUCCUGAGAGCCCAGAUGGAUGAGCAAGACUCAGCUGGCCCUGAAGCAGGAAGAGGCCAUGCCGUCAAAACUGGGAGCAGUGGAGGAUUCUGGGAAAACUCUGUGCAGAAGAUCUUGGGUGAGGAGGACAUUCUCUGCUCAGAUUCACAGAGCCAGCAAUUCAGGCAGUUCUGCUACCAGGAGGCCAAAGGACCCCGAGAAGUUUGCAGCCGACUCCACCACCUUUACUGUCAGUGGCUGAAGCCAGAAAGGCACACGAAAGCUGAGAUGCUGGACCUGGUGGUCUUGGAGCAGUUCCUGACUGUCCUUCCACCGGAGAUGGAGAUCUGGGUGAGGGAAUGUGGAGCGGAGACCAGUUCCCAGGCGGUGGCCCUGGCCGAAGGAUUCCUCCUGAGUCAGGAAAUGGAGAGACAGCAGGCAGAGCAGCAGGGAAAGGAUCUGUUUGCAGAAAGGAGCCAAGAUUCCUCUGAGGCAGAGAAGUGUCUGCUGAACACAAGAGAGAUGACACUGGCUGACAGAAGGACAAUGGCAAGACCUCCUCAUCUAUCUUUUCCUGGUGGAGGGGAAGCAGUGGCUGUGGAAACAAUUCAGGGUCCGGUGUGCUUUGAAGAUAUAGCUGUUCAUUUCGCACACGAGGAGUGGGCGUUGCUGGAUCCUGACCAGAGAGCUCUACAUAAGGAAGUCAUGGGAGAGAAUCGUGGGAUCCUGGACGCUCUCGCUAGUGAUGAAUUGGAAAUUAACAAGGGAGGCCAUGACAAAAUCCACACAAUGGAGAAGCCAUAUAAAUAUAUGGAGCGUGGAGAGAGCUUCAGUCAGAGUUUCCAUUCCACUUCCCAUCAAAGAAUUAAGAGCGGGAAGAAACCAAAUCAGUGCUUGGAAUGUGGAAAGAGCUUCAAUUCCGAAUGGAGUCUCACUUGCCAUCAAAGAAUCCACACUGGGGAGAAACCAUUUCAAUGCCAAGAGUGUGGAAAGAGCUUCAGGCAGGAGGAAAGUCUCACUUCCCAUCAAAGAAUUCAUACAUUGGAGAAACCCUAUCAGUGCUUGGAAUGUGGAACAAGCUUCACCUGGAAGGAAAGUCUCACUUCCCAUCAAAGAAUUCACACAGAGGAGAAACCCUAUCAGUGCUUGGAAUGUGGAAAGAGCUUCAGUCUCAGGCACCAUCUCACUUCCCAUCAAAGAAUUCACACAGCGGAGAAACCCUAUCAGUGCUUGGAAUGUGGAAAGAGUUUCAGUCAGAGCACCAAUCUCACUUCCCAUCAAAGAAUUCAUACAGGGGAGAAACCCUAUCAGUGCUUGGAAUGUGGAAAGAGCUUUAGUCACAAGCACCAUCUGACUUCCCAUCAAAGAAUUCAUACAGGAGAGAAACCCUAUCAGUGUUUGGAAUGUGGAAAGAGCUUCAGUCUCAGGAAUAGUCUCACUUCCCAUCAAAGAAUUCAUACAGGGGAGAAACCCUAUCAGUGUCUGGAAUGUGGAAAGAGCUUCAGUCUCAGCCACAAUCUCACUUCCCAUCAAAGAAUUCAUACAGAGGAGAAACCCUAUCAGUGUCUGGAAUGUGGAAAGAGCUUCAGUCUCAGGCACAAUCUCACUUCCCAUCAAAGAAUUCAUACAGGGGAGAAACCAUAUGAGUGCUUGGAAUGUGGAAAGAGCUUUACUACAAGUGUAAGCUUACGUCGCCAUCAAAGUAGUCAUCGUGGGGAGAAACCCUUUCAGUGCCAAGAGUGUGGAAAGUGCUUCAGUCAAAAGGGAAGUCUCACUGCUCAUCAAAGGCUUCAUACAGGGGAGAAGCCCUAUCAGUGCACGGAAUGUGGAAAGAGCUUUUACCAGAGCUGCAAUCUCACUUCCCAUCAAAAGUCUCACAGUGGGAAUAAGCCAUAUCAGUGCUUGGAAUGUGGAAAAAGUUUCGGGCAGCGUGCCCACCUAAAGGGCCAUCAGAUUAUUCAUACUGGGGAGAAACCAUACCAGUGCUUGGAAUGUGGGAAAAGGUUCAGUCGGAGCACCCAUCUCACUUCCCACCAAAGAUUUCAUACAGGAGAGAAACCAUAUCAGUGCUUGCAAUGUGGGAAAAGGUUCAGUCAGAGUGCCAAUCUAACUUCCCACCAAAGAUUUCAUACCGGGGAGAAGCCCUUUCAGUGCUUAGAAUGUGGGAAGAAGUUCAGUCGGACAGCCAAUCUCAUUUCCCAUCAAAGAAUUCACACAGGAGAGAAACCCUAUGAGUGCUUGCAAUGUGGAAAGAGUUUCAAUGCGAGUUCCAGUCUCACGGUCCAUCAAAGAAUUCAUACAGGGGAGAAACCAUAUCAGUGCUUGGAAUGUGGAAAGUGCUUCAGUCACAGGCCUGGUCUCACGGUCCAUCAAAGUAUUCAUACUGGGGAGAAACCUUAUCUGUGCUCAGAAUGUGGAAAGAGCUUCAGUAAGAGGGCCCACCUCACAUCCCAUCAAAGAGUUCAUACAGGGGAGAAACCGUAUCUCUGCUCAGAAUGUGGGAAAAGUUUCAGUCAGAGUUCCCAUCUCAAGGGUCAUCAAAGAAUUCAUACAGGGGAGAAAGUGUAUCAGUGCUUGGAUUGUGGGAAGAGCUUCAGUCAGAGGGCCAAACUCUCUUCCCACCAAAUAUUUCAUAUUGGGGAGAAACCAUCUCAGUGCUUGGAAUGGGGAAAGAGCUUCAUUGCGGGUUCUAAUCUUAAGGGAGACCACAACCAAAUCCAAACAGUGAAGAAGCCAUAUCAAUAUUUGGAGAGCUCAGAGAUGUUCAGCCAGAAGGAAAGUCUCUCUUCACAUCAUAGUAUUCACAGCAGGGAAAAACCCUAUCAGUGUUUGGAAUGUGGAAAGAGCUUCACCCAAAAACUAAGCCUCAUUUCCCAUCAAAUUACUCAUACAAGGGAGGUACCAUAUUACUGUCUAGAAUGUGGAAAGAGCUUUAAUACAAUCACAAACUUCCGCCGACAUAAAUAUAUUCACAGUGAGGUGAAACCGUAUCAGUGUUUGGAAUGUGGAAAGGGCUUCGGUCGGAAAGAGAGCCUCACUUCCCAUCAAAGAAUUCACACAGGGGAGAAACCCUAUCAGUGCUUGAAAUGUGGGAAAAGAUUCAGUCAGAGUGCCCAUCUCACUUCCCAUCAAAGAAUUCAUACAGGGGAGAAACCCUAUCAGUGCUUGGAAUGUGGAAAGAGCUUCAGUCAAAGCCAGCAUCUGACUUCCCAUCAAAGAACUCACAUCGGGUAGAAUCAUAGAAUUGUAGAGUUGGAAGGGAGCCACUGUUAUCUGGUCCAAUUCACCUCUUACCAUCAGAACGUUUUUCCUCAUUUUUAGUUGGAAUCUGCUUUCUUGUAACCUGAAUCCAUUGAUUCCUGCCCUACCCUCCAGAGCAGGAGAGAACAAGUUUGCUCCAUCUUCUAUGUGAUAGCUUUUUAGAUAUUUGAAGAUGCCUAUCAUAUCUUUUCUUUUUCCGGACAUACCCAAAUACCAUUACUGUUCCUCAUCAGGCUUGGUUUCCAGACCCUUGAUCAUCUUGGUCGCCCUCCUCAGAACACAUUCAAACUUGUCAAUAUCCUUCUUGAAUUGUGGUGCCCAGAACUGAACAAAGGAUUCCAGGUGUGGUCUGAGGAAGGCAGAAUAGAUUGGUGCUAUUACUUCCCUUGAUCGGGACACUAGACUUCCAUUGAUGCAGUCUAGAAUAGCAUUAAGUUAAUUUGCUGCUGCAUCACUUUGUUGUCUUAUGUUCAGCUUGUGGCAAGCCAGGAUACCCCACCUUAUAGUUGUGCAACUGGUUCUUCUUGCCCAGGCAUCCCCAAACUACGGCCCUCCAGAUGUUUUGGCCUACAACUCCCAUGGUCCCUAGCUAACAGGACCAGUGGUCGGGGAAGAUGGGAAUUGUAGUCCAAAACAUCUCGAGGGGCGAAGUUUGGGGGUGCCUGUUCUUGCCUAACUACAGAACCUGACAUCUGUCCUAUUUGAAAUCCAUUUAUUCAGCUUCAUGGUCAAAUUGGGAUUUGAACCCAAGUUUCCCAGGGUUCCUGAAACCCUUAUCACUAUACCUAAUCACUUGCUCUCUAGUAACACUCUUGAAAAAUGUGCAUGUGUGUGCAUCUCCUUAAUGUUUGUGUGCAAUGUUCCGGUGUUUUGUAUUUAAAGUUGUAUACACCUGUAUCAAAGUAAUUAAUGUAAUAGUGAUAAGUAAGUACAAUAGUGGUUUUAAGGAAAAUGUAGCUGGGGAGUGGGGGUGGGUGUUAGGAAUGCUAAAGUGAAAGAUUAUUGGCUCCGUGUUUGAAAGCACCAAACGGAGCAGUUUUCACAUAAAUCACAACAAGAUCUAAAAAAAAUAUUCGGUUCAGAAACUUCAGCUGGUGCAGAAUUCAGUCACCAGGUUGAUCACCGGAGCAAGACAGUUUGAGCAUAAUACACCGAUCCUGGCCCAACUGCAUUGGCUACCGAUUAGUUUCCGGGCCCAAUUCAAAGUGCUGGUUUUGACCUAUAAAGCCUUAAAUGGCCCAGGACCGCAAUACCUCAAGGACCGCCUUUUUCCAUAUGAACCUACCUGUGCCCUGAGAUCAUCUUCCGAGGCCCUCCUUCGUGUGCCUCCUCCGCAAUAGGUCCGGAGGGUGUCAACACGAGAACGGGCCUUCUCUGCAGUGGCCCCCCGUCUAUGGAAUGCUCUCACCAGGGAAGUUCGCCUGGCGCCUUCAUUAUACACCUUUAGGCGCCAGGCAAAAGCGGUCCUUUUUAACCAGGCCUUAGGUUAACAUCCAAUACCCUUUUAAAAUGUAGCUCUUUUGGGGGGAGUAUUACUGGGUUAUUGCUUUUAUUUUUAUUUUAUAUACUGUGAUAUUAAUAAUAAUAAUAAUUAAUAAUAAUAAUAAUAAAGAUACAAAAAAACUCAACAGCAACAACCCCCCCCCCUCCAAAAGCCCCAGAGACUGUUCAACAGGCUCAGCCAUUGCAGCUGGAGUCAGUCCAUCAAUCCUCCCAGGCUAGGUGGAAAAAGGCCUGCAAGGCAGAGAGCCAUUGUGGUGGUGCGGUUAAGAGUGGUAGACUCGUAAUCUGGGGAACUGGGUUCGCGUCUCCGCUCCUCCACAUGCAGCUGCUGGGUGACCUUGGGCUAAUCACACUUCUCUGAAGCCUCUCAGCCUCACUCACCUCACAGAGCGUUUGUUCUGGGGGAGGAAGGGAAAGGAGAACGUUAGCCGCUUUGAGACUCCUUUGGGGAGUGAUAAAGCGGGAUAAAUAUGGUGCUGGAGGAGACUCUUGAGAGUCCCAUGGACUGCAAGAAGAUCAAACUGAUCCAUUCUGAAGGAAAUCAGCCCCGAGUGCUCACUGGAAGGACAGAUCCUGAAGCUGAGGCUCCAAUACUUUGGCCACCUCGUGAGAAGAGAAGAAUCCCUGGGAAAGACCCUGAUGUUGGGAAAGAUGGAGGGCACUAUGAGAAGGGGACGACAGAGAACGAGAUGGUUGGGCAGUGUUCUCGAAGCUACGAACAUGAGUUUGACCAAACUGCGGGAGGCAGUGCAAGACAGGAGUGCCUGGCGUGCUCUGGUCCAUGGGGUCACGAAGAGUCGGACACGACUAAACAGCAACAACAAAGCGGGAUAUCAAAUCCAAACUCCUCCUCCUCCUCCUCUUCUUCUUCUAUGGUUGCUUUAGUAGAGACAGGUGGAGGGUGAAAGUAGCGGUUGUUUUGAAGCAUUGUUGCAUUGGGUAGAUUAGCAGUAAAGGAACAGCCUUAUAAUACCCCUUGUUAGGGAUUCGGGUGGCGCUGUGGUCUAAACCACAGAGCCUAGGGCUUGCUGAUCAGAAGGUCGGCGGUUCAAAUCCCCGCGACAGGGUGAGCUCCCAUUGUUCGGUCCCAUCUCCUGCCCACCAGCAGUUCAAAAGCAGGUCAAAGUGCAAGUAGAUAAAUAGCUACCGCUACAGCAGGAAGGUAAACGGCAUUUCUGUGCACUGCUCUGGUUAACCAGAAGCGGCUUUGUCAUGCUGGCCACAUGACCCAGAAGCUGUGUGCAGACAAACGCCGGCUCCCUCGGCCUAUAGAGCGAGAUUAGUGCGCAACCCCAGAGUUGUCUGCAACUGGACCUAACGGUCAGGGUACCUUUACCUUUACCCCUUGUUACAGUUGAGAAGAGGUGGGGGGGGGGGUUAGUGAUAUGUUUCCUGUUCUUGUUUUUAUCAUCACACACUUGGUGUUUUUAUAUUGUAUAUUUAUGUUGUGUAUCGCCCUGAGAUCUGUGGGUGAAGGGCAGUGUACAAAUGUAAUAAAAUAAUUAAAUAAACUAUUAUUAAAAAGAAACAGGAACAUUUGAAAGUAUUUGUUUAUGUACACAAAGUGACCUUGGAACCCUUGUUAUCUAUCUAUCUAUCUA